AUUGGAAUGUUUUCAUCUUCUGAGAUAUAGAAUUCAACAGGAAAGUAAUGCAACAGGAACCAAAGUAUCCAUACAGUAGAGAUUUUCUUCUAAUUUCCUUAAUAUUAUCCUGAAAAAAAAUCUUAUGAUUUGUCUACUGUGUGCUGUAAGAAAUAAAGCCUAUCUCUGAUUCUUUCCAUGGAGAACAUAUCAACAACCUACACCAAUUUUAUCCUCGUGGGGCUUGUUGAGAUGCAAUCAUUUAGAUUCUUGUACGCUCUGCUUACUUUUGCAGUAUAUUCAACUUCUUUUGUUGUGAGUUUCAUGAUUGUCUACGUAACCUGGACAGAGGAAAGUUUGCAUGAACCGAUGUACAUCUUUAUAUGUGGCUUGGUCCUCAACGUGAUGUUCGGAAGUUCGGCUUACCUCCCCAAGCUGCUGAUUGACUUACUGUCUAAAAAUUCAACAAUUUCCCUCUCCGGAUGUCUAUUUCAGGCCUUCUGCAUGCAGUCUUACGCAGCUGCUGAAGUUUUUACUUUUACCGCUAUAGCAUACGAUCGAUAUUUGGCGGUGGCUCACCCUCUGAGGUACCCCACUCUGAUGACAAACUUGACAAGUCAAAGGUUAUUGCUUGCCAUCUCGGUUUUUGUUUUUAUAGGAAUAUGUGGGGUUGUUUUUCUAACGGCAAGGCUGACUUUUUGUGGGGUAAAAAUCAACAAUGUCUACUGUGAGACCAUGUCACUCCUACGACUUUCUUGUGGAGAUAUUACAAUUAAUAAUAUCUAUGGAAUAACAUGGACCUUGUUCAUCACAAUUAGCCCCAUGCUUCUGAUUAUUUAUUGUUACAUAAGGACGAUUGUCAUCUGUUUCAACCUUCCUGGGGAAGCCUCUAUGAAAGCCGCCCAAACGUUGGUGACUCAUGUCAUUGCCUUGUUCAUUUUUAUAGUUGGAGCUAUGUUUAUUGCCUUUAGAUACAGGUUAAGUAACAUUUCUCUCUCAGCCACUGCCCAUGUUGUUAUCUCUAUGAGUGGUAUGAGUACAUCUAUUGCUGUCAACCCUCUGAUCUACGGCAUAAGGACCGAGGCUCUCAGAAUAAGAAUUGCACGCAACCUGCGGAAUAUCUUUUGA